AUCAUACAAAAGCAGGAUAGCACUUCCAAGAAAAACCUAUAGAUUAAAAGAGGAUUUCAAGAAAGGAAGAAAGACGUUUGUUGGGGAAGAAAAUGGAAACGAAGCCAAGUGAGAUCAGUAGCUCAAAGAUGUUUGGAGGGUACAACAAGAGAUACAAACAUUUCAGCCCAACACUUGGAUGCUCCAUGACUUUCCACAUCUAUUUCCCUCCUUCCACUUCCUCUUCUCACAAAUUCCCCGUCCUUUAUUGGCUCUCAGGCCUUACCUGCACUGAUGAGAACUUUGUAAUUAAGUCGGGAGCUCAACGUGCUGCCUCAACUGAGGGUGUUGCAUUAAUUGCCCCUGAUACAUCUCCAAGAGGCCUGAAUGUGGAAGGAGAGGCAGACAGCUGGGAUUUCGGUGUAGGUGCUGGAUUUUAUCUUAAUGCUACUCAGGAGAAGUGGAAAAACUGGCGUAUGUAUGACUAUGUUGUUAAGGAAUUGCCUAAACUUCUCAGUGACAAUUUUCCGCAGCUUGAUACAUCAAGGGCAUCUAUAUUUGGUCAUUCAAUGGGCGGCCAUGGUGCUUUAACAAUAUAUUUGAAGAACCUUGAUAAGUACAAGUCAGUUUCUGCCUUUGCACCAAUUGCCAAUCCUAUAAACUGUCCCUGGGGCCAGAAAGCUUUCACAAAUUAUCUUGGUGGCAAUAAAGCUGAUUGGGAGGAAUAUGAUGCUACUUCCCUGAUCUCAAAGUUCCAUGAUGUAUCUGCUACAAUUUUAAUUGAUCAGGGAGAUGAGGAUAAAUUCUUGCAUGAUCAGCUGCUGCCUCAGAAGUUUGAAGAGGCAUGCAGAAGUGCUAACGUUCCACUUCUGUUGCGAAUGCAACCUGGUUAUGAUCACUCCUUCUAUUUCAUUGCCACUUUCAUCGAUGAUCAUAUCAGCCACCAUGCUCAGGCUCUCAAACUGUAAUCCAUUCGGGUAAUCUAUACAUAGUGUGAUUAGAGGUUGGGCUAAUGUGGCUUCAAUGUGAUGGUGAUCCUUAAACAAACAAAAUGCUUGCUUCCCUCACCAAAAAUGGGGGUAAAGAUGUUGAGACGUGUGUGUGUGUGUGUAUAUUUUCCUUCUUCUUUUGAAAUUGAGAGCACUUUGUUCCUUAUGAUGACUUGAUGCCCCUGCACCGGGGACCUUGGUGUUGCUUUAGUGUGCAAGCUCGAUGGUGGUAUUAUUAUUAAUAUUAUUAUAAUUACAUUUGAGUUUUGCUUAUAA